CUGGUACUUUAGUCCACGGAGCAAAAUUCAAUGAUUUCAAAACACUGGGGAUCCCUUUUCAGUGUGACUGUGCUUUCUCGUACCAGACUCUUCUCCGCUUCGCGCCAGACCCGAUGGUUAUCCAGCUAUGCACUUGACGAUGACAUGGACGAAUUUGUGGCAAAGCUAGCAAAGGCCGAUAUCCCCAGAAAGCACAAACAGUCACUUGCAGUCGCGCCUAUGUUUUUCCAGGCCCUUCGAGGGAGAGGAGGCUCCUGGAAACAGACCACGGAGGUGAGUACUGCCACACAGAUUGAGUUCGACGAAGCCCUGCAAGAGGCUACGGUCCAGGGCUCUGAAGAGGCAGUCAAUGACUGCUUGAAAAUGCUUUCCCAGCGAUUAAAGAAGUUUUCAGACCACUACGACUAUAUUCUUGUGCCCGUGACCAAAAGACAGCUUUCUGCGGUGAAGACCAGGCUCGAUGAGACUGCCGGGGUUUUUUAUCAUCAUGCCCCGCUGGAGGACAUUGUUGUGUCUCUGGAGAAGUAUGCCAAAGUCUAUGUGUUUGCUGAAACAGCAGUAACAUUGUUCCAGGCUCUUGAUAGGGCUAAGAUGCUUCUUAGCACGUUCCAGCGCAAGUUCACGAUCCCUCGGGAGUUCACUUUUGCCAUGUUGUACCUGCCGAUUUCCUCGGAUAAGCGGCGUGAAUCUAAUGGUAGACCGAGACUUCACGAGUUUAUGAGCACGCUUGUGAGGACAACAAAGGCACAUAUCUAUGUUGACUCUAAGACCGGUGUUAUUUCCCAGGAAGGUACCGCUAUAACAAUCUCCGCCAAGGACCGCAUGGGCUACGUUAAGGCUUAUUCGAAGGUGAUGUCGAAGCUAGACGAGAUGAGAAGGUUGAAUACCCAGAUAAUUGAGCUUCCCGCCUUUUGUUCACCGAUUCUCGCAAAGCCAGAAAACUCUCCACACAAAACCAAUGGUCCUAGUGUGAUAGAAACAAUACAACACAGGACAGGAACGAAAAUGGAAAUAGCCUCGGUGCCAGGCUCCGGUAUUGAUUACAUUACUUUCCAAAAUGAAAGGUUGAGCCAGGUUGAGGCAGCGGUAAGGGAGAUCCAGAACACAGUGGAUCCUCUUGUGCGCAACAUCUUGCUCUUCCAAGUUCCGGAAGUUUACGCUCCUUUCUUUGUGGGAUUUAGAGGCGUUGAGUUGGACAAUUUAAGCAGCGCCACCGAGACAGAUGUUCGCAUUGACCGCUCGUAUUCAAACAUCCCAGACUCAAGAAUUUUCCGGAUGGAGGCCCCUGCUCCCGAAUCGCCUUCACCCGACUCUAGUUGUGCGAAUGUUAUAAACUAUGUUUCCCUUGCUAUUACCGCUCCGCAAGAGGAGUAUGUUCAGGAAGCGUUGAGGUUUCUCCAGUUGAGAUACUCGAAUCUUCUCGCCAACAUCCAUAACUUCCAGAUCCCCGUGAGGUUCUGCGAACCGCUAGUGGGUUCUUCCCAGGUAUCGAACCCUAACGGAAUCAACAAAAUAUCCGAGUUACAGUUUCUCACAGAUACGGUGAUUCAAAUUGCGGCGCCGCAGUCAGAACGCGACGUGAAAGCAUUCACCACCCUUUCGGUGUAUGGGGACGCGAGCCAGGUGGAGCGAGUGGUGAAGGUGGUUCAGCUCCGGAUCAACGCAUUCAAUGAGUUCAACUACCCGAUGUUCAUCCCGACCCAAGUUGUCAAUAAGAUCAGGCGCAUCAGCGAGAGCACCAACACGUAUGCGAAGGUCGUGGAUAUAGAGUCAACCUGGGACCGCGAGGUGUAUUUGAAGCCGUAUGGCCUGGAGCUUGUGACUUUCAAGGAUGAAAACAUUUGGGGAAAAAGAAGUAAUGGGAGAUGUAAGCAGGCUCCGUUUGAUGGAAAGUACAUUAUUAUCUUUGCUGAGAAUGGCGAGGAUUUGAUCACUGCCAUGAACGAUUACAUCCGUUUACAGGGGAAGCACUGCUUAGUGAAGCCAAUCUAAUGUAGAUAAUGAAUUAAUGAAUAGAACUAUAUGUGCG